AUGCCUCCGCCGGAGGUUGUGGCUGUUACAGAUUCUCGGCAAGAUGGUCUCACACAGAAUUCACAAAAAUCAGCUCCGUUAACUCGUUCUUGGGUGAAGGUCGCCCAACAAAAUCAAAAAGAAUUAACAAAAUACGAUGUUCAAAUCAAGAUGGAGGAUGGUAUCGGAUCUGUAGAGAUUCCAGAUGAAGUCUUCAAGGAUCCUCAACCCCUUUGGGAAGAUUUUCUGAUCGGAAAGUUUUUGGACAAAGCCCCACAUAUUGGGAAAGUCCACGCAAUCGUCAAUAAGAUUUGGACUUCUGACAAGUCACAAAUGGUAGAGGUUUAUGAGAUAAACCCUACAACUAUGAAGUUCAGAAUCCUCGACUCAGCAAUGAGAGGAAGGGGACUCAGUUUCGCCACAAGCCCGAUAGGUGUUCUAGUUAAACUUCACCCUGAUACUGCUCUAUGCAAAGAUCUAAAGGUGGCUAAAGUUUUUAUCAAAGCAGACCUUACAAAAGCUCUCCCACGCUCUAUGAAUUUCAAAUAUCAGGGAAAGGAUACACUUAUUGACUUCACCUUGCCAUGGUUGCCAACUAAAUGUACAACUUGUGGGAAGUGGGGCCAUUCAGAAAAGGAUUGUUUAAAACCGAAGGAGACAGAGGUAGCAAAAAUAGAUGAUGAAGUGGUGGUUUCAUCUAAAAAAGUGGAGGAGGAAAGUACCAAGGAGUUGGACAGUGGAAACAAUGAGGAAAUUCAAACAGUGCAGUCUCAUAACGAGAAUGAAAACCCGGAGGAGGCAGAGCAAGUUGUGGAUGUGAGAACUGCUGGAAAAGAAAAUAAAGAUAAUCAGGAGGAAAGCUGGUUACCACCAGUUAAAGUGAGCAGAACACCGGAGAAAACAAAGGACCUUGAAUCUGGUCAGGGUUCGAUUAUCUCAAACUCUCUAUUCACAGUAUUGAGUUCAGAUGAGGAAGAGGAAGAGGGUGAGAUACUGCAACAGGAAGCAGCUAUAGAAAAAGACGAGAUCCCGCCUCAGGAGCCCAUUCAAAAGAAGCAGGAAGUACAGAACAAAGCUAUGUCUACCAGACCAUCUUUGCCGCGUGUUUCAAAAGCAGCCAUAGACCACCGGAACUCACCUAUGCUUAAAGACAAGCCAUGGAUUAUGCUUGGUGAUUUUAAUGAGACUCUAAACCUGGAGGAAUAUUCGGGUCCAAACAUUUCGACUGUCUCUACAGGUAUACGGGACUUUCAAGAUGUGUGUCGGCAUUGUUCACUCAUUGACAUGAAAGCUCACGGUCCUCUGUUAACUUGGAGUAACAAACGCAAGGAAGAUCUGAUUCGAAAGAAGCUAGAUCGAACACUGGUGAAUGACGUGUGGGCCACGAAAUUCCCAAACACUUAUUGUGUUUUUGAGGCUGGAGGGUGCUCUGAUCACCUACGAUGUAGGCUUCAGAUCCAACCAACCCCUUUAAAACGAAAACGCCCGUUCAAGUUUACCAACGCUAUGGCAGAGGCACCAGGCUUCCUUCCUCUUAUGAAAAGCUUCUGGAGUAGUACUACUCCUCUGCAUAACUCGACAUCAGCUCUAUUUAGACUCUCCAAGAAGCUCAAGGAACUAAAGCUGGCUCUUCGACUACUAAGUAAAGACACUGUGGGCAAUAUUACAAAGAGAACCAGGGAGGCGUUUGAUAAACUUUGUCUUUGUCAGACAAGAGCGAUGACAAAUCCUACCCCUGAUGUGCUGGAUGACGAAGUUCGAGCUCAUGAUAAAUGGCAACUACUUUCGUCUAUUGAAGAAAAGGUUCUUAGCCAAAAGACAAAGAUGCAUUGGCUAAAUGUUGGUGAUGGAAACAAUACGAGUUUUCACAACUCAGUGAAGUUUAGAGCAGCCAAAAACUCUAUUCGAGAGAUACAAAAGGAGGAUGGUGUCAUUGUUACAACUCAGGAGGAGAUAAAGACUGACGCGGUUAAUUAUUUCCAGGGCUUUCUGGCAAAAGAGGUUGUGGGACACAAUGGAAUGGAAGUUGAUGAGCUGAAAACGCUUCUGAAUUUUCAAUGUGAGGAGGCAGAUAGAGCGCUCCUUUCACACGAUGUUCCGGCCAUUGAGAUUAAACAUGUGUUAUUCGCAAUGGCAAACAACAAGUCUCCAGGUCCAGAUGGAUACACAUGCGAAUUUUUUAAGGUUGCUUGGGACAUUGUGGGAGAUGAUUUUGUGAUCGCAGUCCAAUCUUUCUUCAAGACUGAUUUCUUGCCUAAGGGGAUAAAUUCUACUAUUCUAGCCUUGAUCCCGAAGAAAGAAAACUCAAAGACUAUGAAAGAUUUUCUUCCUAUAUCUUGCUGCAACGUUAUUUAUAAAGUUAACUCGAAGAUUCUGGCCAAUCGUCUGAAGCUUAUUCUCCCAAAGUUUAUAUCUCCCAAUCAGUCUGCCUUCGUCAAAGAUAGAUUGAUGAUGGAGAACGUCCUCUUGGCGUCAGAACUAGUAAAAAGCUAUCAUAAGAGCUCAGUUUCAGCAAGAUGUGCACUUAAGAUCAAUAUUUCUAAGGCGUUUGACACUGUCCAAUGGCCUUUUUUACUCUGCUCUCAAGGCUCUCGGCAAAAGGGGUCUUCGUCAAGGAUGUGCUCUGUCUCCCUAUUUGUUUGUCAUAUGUAUGGAGACGGCAAAAGAAGCUCAGUAGACGGUAUUCUUGAGACUUUCAAAACCUUUGCAGAGGCAUCUGGCUUACAUAUUAGUAUGGAAAAGUCCACUCUCUACCUGGCAGGUUUAGCUGAUUCAGAAAAGCAAGAUAUUCUUAGCCACUACACCUUCUCCAAUGGUGAUCUUCCAGUUCGGUACUUAAGUUUGCUGCUGCUAACGAAACAGAUGACUUCUCCAGACUAUGCCCCACUUAUAGAGAAGAUCAGAUCAAGAAUAAGUUCCUGGACGGCGAGAUUCCUCUCCUUUGCAAGGAGACUACAGCUGAUAGCUUCAGUGAUACACAGUUUAACAAACUUUUGGAUCUCUGCAUUUAGACUACCAAAGAAGUGUAUAGCAGAGAUAGACAGUAUGUGUGCCGCCUUCUUAUGGUCUGGUCCGGUCUUAAGCACCAAGAAAGCAAAGGUCUCGUGGAAAGAUUGCUGCAAGCCUAAAGAAGAAGGAGGGUUGGGGUUGCGAUCAAUAAAAGAAGCGAAUGAUGUCUCAUGUCUAAAGCUGGUUUGGAGGAUCCUCUCGUCAAAUUCAUAUAUGUGGGUAAGAUGGAUCAAAAGAUAUUUGAUUCGCAAGAACUCAUUCUGGUUAGUCAAGGAUAGCACCACUUUGGGUUAUUGGAUGUGGAAGAAAAUCUUGAAGUAUAGAGCUAUGGCGAUGCGUUUCAUGAAGGUGGAAGUCAACAAUGGAUCAUCGACAUCUUUUUGGUUUGAUCAAUGGUCUCCACUUGGUAGACUAAUUGACACAACAAAUGGAAGAGGAAUGAUAAACAUGGGUAUUAAAAUUAAUGACACCAUGGAGAAGAACGAGGACGUUCGCUUGUGGAAAGCAGGGGAGGAUAACUACAGAGCAGAUUUUCGGUCCAAAGCGACAUGGAACCUCAUCUGUGUUGAGCGAGUAAAGGUCGAUUGGUACAAAGGUAUUUGGUUCCCUUACAAUACACCUCGAUACUCCUUUAUGACUUGGAUUGCGGUUCAGAACAGACUCCCCACGGGAGAGAGGAUAUUGAACUGGAAUACAGCUGCGCCAACAGCCUGCAGUCUCCGCCCCGAGCCGCUUGAAAUUCGUAACCACCUGUUUUACCAAUGCAAAUUCUCAGAAGAAGUUUGGAAAAAUCUCACUGCUAAGCUAUUGUCUCUGCGCUAUACGACUGACUGGGAUGAGGUUGUUCGACUUCUAACAGACCAGACUUGGAACUCAACCCGUUUGUUUCUACUCAGGUAUGUGUUCCACGCAACACUAUCGGCUCUAUGGACAGAGAGGAAUGGGAGAAGGAAUGGUGAACGAUCCAACACCCUUGCCACCCUGAUCAAAACGUGGACAAAGCAGUAA